AUGCGAUCAUCUCCAUUUUACCUGUGGAAUGGCAUUCGACCGACAAUCGUCAAUAACUUGGCGCUGCCAUUCAGUACAACCAAAAAUGUCUUUCAAAAGAAAAUGUCCAAAAAAGAAACUGACAUGACUAAGAUUCGAAACAUCGGUGUCAUGGCUCAUAUCGAUGCUGGUAAAACAACGACAACAGAAAGAAUUUUGUAUUACACUGGUUUCAGUCGGUAUAUGGGGAAUGUGGAUGAUGGAAGUACAGUGACUGAUUAUAUGGAACAAGAACGUGACAGAGGUAUUACCAUCACUUCGGCUGCUAUCACCUGUUAUUGGAAGAAGCAUAAAAUCAAUUUGAUUGAUACUCCAGGACAUGUUGACUUCACUGUGGAAGUAGAACGAGCUUUACGUGUCCUUGACGGAGCAGUAGCCAUCUUGGAUGCAUCAGCUGGCGUAGAAGCACAAACCUUAACCGUGUGGCGCCAAGCUGAACGUUAUUCUAUUCCUCGCUUAAUUUUUCUCAACAAAUUGGAUAAGCCAAAUGCAAAUGUGGAACUUUCCCUAAAAUCAAUUAUUCAUGAUAAGCAAAGAGGAAUGCUGACCUUUCUGCGGAUCUACAAUGGGGAAGUGAAGAGUGGUACCAACAUCUACAAUGUGAACCAAAAGAAAACUGAAAAAGUCAACAGACUCUUGCAAGUUGAUGCUGAUGAAUUCCAAGAUAUCUCACAGGCUUCUUCCGGAAAUAUUGUCUGUGUUUCAGGAUUCAAAGAGACUAUCACAGGUGACACCCUGGUUUCAUCAGCCAGUGCAGCCCAGAGUGCUCAGAGAGCACACAAAAAUAAUAAAUCUACAAGUGCUGAAUUGUUAACAGAUGAUACAGAAUCCUUGGACACUCCGGUUUUGGCUGGCCUGGAAAUUCCAUCCCCUGUAUUCUUUUGCUCAGUUGAGGCUCCAUCUAUAUCAUCACAGAAAGACCUUGACUAUGCAUUGGAAUGUUUACAGCGAGAAGAUCCAAGCCUUUCUGCAAAACUCAACCCAGACACUGGACAGACUAUCCUCUGUGGAAUGGGUGAAUUACAUUUGGAAAUUGUGCAGAAUCGAAUUCUCACAGAGUAUGGAAUUGAUGCACAUUUGGGACCACUCCAAGUUGCCUACAAAGAAACUGUCAAAAAAGAAGCAGACAUUACAGAAGUACUGGACACAAAAGUUGGUGACCAGCACCAUUAUGUGAUGCUGAGACUUUCUGUAGAGCAAAGUUCAGAACGGAAUUUCCGCCAUGUAGAGUUGGUCCAUACAAAAGAGAACAACCUCGCAACAAUAAGAAGGAACCAUUUGAAUGCCAUUGAAAAUGGUAUCAAAUCUGCUUUGGCAGGAGGUCCUGUGCUGAACUUCCCAGUUAUUCAUGUGUCUGUGUCUCUCCAUGACUUUGUCAUUAACCGUGGAACUUCUCUGCCAAUGGUUAGUGCCUGCUCAAUAAGUGCUAUGCAAAAAGCCCUUCAAGAAGCCAAUACUGUUUUAAUGGAACCCAUUAUGAAAAUACAGGUAACCUGUGGAGAAUUAUACCUUCCGAGUAUUCUUGGUGAUCUUGCCCAGAGAAGAAGUAACAUCACUUCAAUUCAAUCUUGGCAGAACCUGCAGAUUAUUCAUGCGACAACUCCUAUAUCAGAAUUGAUGGGUUAUUCCACUGCCCUUCGGACAAUUUCCUCUGGAAUGGCUACAUUUUCUUUGGAACUUUCACACUAUGAAGCAUUAUCCACAGACCUACAAAACAAAGUUGUCGAAGAAACUACUGGACUUUCUCAAUCAUUCUGA